AUGUCUACAGGAAACUUCAGGGCCUUCCUUGACGAUUGGUCCAUUUAUAGCAGCCAGGACACACAUCUCAAAGCCCUUCGGGAGUGCAUGGAGAGAUGUCGAAGGGCAUGGCUAGCCCUCAAUCCAAAAAAAUGCAGGUUCAUGUUGCCACAGGGAAGGUUACUCGGGCAUAUUGUGUGCAAGGAGGGACUAAAAACAAACCCUGACAAAAUUAAAGUCAUAGUAGAGAUGAAAGCCCCGACGAACGUCACUGGAGUGAAGUCUUUCCUUGGCCAUGUGGGGUACUACAGGAGGUUCAUCAAGAACUUCGCUAAAGUGUCCCCCCCCUUGGAUAGACUUACACGAAAGGGGGAGCCAUAUGUCUGGACGAAGCUAGAGAGCGACGCAUUUGAAGAGUUGAAGACAAGACUGUUGGGAGCCCCCAUACUCUCCUACCUGAACUGUGACAAGGAAUUCCACGUCCACGUGGAUGCAUCAAAUUAUGCCAUUGGAGCUACACUAGCUCAGGAGUUCACAUUCACAAUCGUGGUGAGACCGGGACAGAGCCAUGUCAUAGCAUAUCAGUUGUCCCUGAUCAAGUCAGGGGAACCUCUAGAAGGAGUCAAUGAUGACUUCCCAGAUGCACACCUGUUUCGAAUGGCCGUACUUCCCUUGUGGUAUAGAAACAUUGGGGAGUACCUGUCGUCAUCUCGAUUUUCGAAGGACAUGCCUCUAGGGGAACGAAGGAAACUAGUGUUAAGGAGUAGGACUUUCCAGUUAAUUAAUGGCCUACUAUAUAAAAUGGGAGCGGACCAAGUACUAAGGCAUUGCGUUAUGGAGGAGGAAGUUCCCAGUGUAUUGAGGGAGGCACAUGAGGGCCCCGCAGGCGGAUAUAUGGGCCCGAACACGACAACACGGAAGGUGUUGCUAGUAGGGUUAUGGUGGCCCAUGGUAUACAACGAUGCUCGAGAGUGGGUCGUGGGGUGUGACACUUACCAACGGGUAGACAAACCCUUGAAGCGAGACUUUAUGCCCUUAAACCCUUCACACGCACAAGAACUAUUCGAACAGUGGGGACUUGACUUUGUAGGUCCUAUCAAGGCCAGCCGUGCAUGCCGAUGUUGUUACAUUGUGGUCGCUACAGAAUACUUAACGAAAUGGGUGGAGGCUAGGGCUCUCCCAGACAACUCUGCAGUAAGUACGACUAGAUUCAUCUAUGAAUAG